AUGUCUCUUUCCUUCUCCCUCCCCACAGCCCUCAUCCUGAUUGACAAUCAGUACGGCUUCAACCACCCUACUCAUUGGGGUACAUCCCGCUCCAACCCCUCCUACGAGGCCAACUUGGAAUCGCUUUUGGCGGCCUUUCGCGAUGCCAUUCGGCGGUCUUCAGGGGAUGAUAAGAAUGUCCUAGAGAUCAUUCACGUCUUGCAUUCUUCCUCUUCGCCAUCGUCUCCGCUCCAUGCCGACCACCCGGGCAACGGUAUUAAGCCCUUUGACUUCGCUCAGCCUGCGUCUGAUGGCUCUGAAUCGGUGAUGUGGAAGCAUGUCAAUUCUAGCUUCAUUGGCACUGAUCUGGAGGUGCAUCUCCGAGCUCACGGAAUCCGCCAAAUCAUCGUGGCCGGUCUUACCACGGACCACUGUGUCUCGACCACGACGCGCAUGGCGGCGAACCUGGGAGUAGUCGACCGCUUCCCUGAAGGCCCGAUCGCCAUUGAUGCCAAGACAGGCCAACAGGAUCCCGUGCCUAUCGACCACGGACGAAUCAUCCUGGUGGCGGAUGCGACGGCCACCUUCGCCAAGGGUGGCAUCGACGCCGAGACCAUUCAUGCCGUUUCUGUGGCCAGUCUGCAGGAGGAAUUCGCGGAGAUCAUGAGCACCGCAGAAGUGAUAAAAAGCCUUGAAGAGAAGAAGCCCUGA